AUGGACGUGGAAGAUCACCCUUCUACUGCUGUCCCCGGGUCUCCCAGCUUCAGCUCCAGCUACAGCGAUACCAGCAGUCUCCCCGAUCCCAGUAUGAUGCUAGGUCCGUACAAAACUGUGGUGGGGAGGGCCCUUGCUCCCGAGCAUCACCACAAUCACCACCAUCACCAUCAUCAUCAUGCUGUCCCUCGCAGCCUUGGUGCGACCCACUCACUCGCGUGCCGAGACGGUGUAGGGGUUGCUCUGACAGAUACUCCGGUUUCAACCGCACCACCAUCUCCACUAAUUGGUGCUCGCUCCCAAUCCUCCGGUGCUUCCACUCCAGGAAAACAUCGUGCAACCACCCUUGACAUCCCGGGCUUAACCAGGUCCAAAGUCUCCCCCGAUGGCCGUAUUGCGCAACGAGAUGUCGGCUCCAAGCUGGUCAUUGUCAUGGUGGGCUUGCCCGCACGUGGCAAAAGCUACAUCACCAAGAAACUGGCCCGGUACCUCAAUUGGAUGCAACAUGAUACCAAAAUCUUUAACGUGGGCGAGCGACGACGUGUUGCUGCUGCGAAUCCCCCCCCCUCUGAGGAAAAGGAUUCGGUUAUCGAGGAAGAAUUGAGAGACUCCGUGCGCGAAAUGAACAUGAAUGGUGGUGCCUCGAAUAAAUUAGAUACCGAACAUGAGAUGUUGCCUCCCGCCGCUAUUCUUGUGAAUGGAGAAGCUGUCGUGACGGAAGAAGCACAGGAUACCCACCGUGACCCUAGCCCCAUGAGCGACGUGCAAUUUCUCACCCCAAGUUCACUGUCAUCAGACAAGGGAGCUCUAAAUUCUAGAAGAGCUGGGUCAAUUGACCAGUCGGCUCAAUUUUUCGAUCCCGAAAACGAGCAGGCGGUUCGGCUGAGAGAGAAGGUUGCCCUAGAGACUCUGGACGAGCUUUUGGAUUACAUUCUUGAGCAGGGUGGAAGUAUAGGAAUCCUAGAUGCGACAAACAGUACCCUGAAACGUCGCAAGGCCAUCAUGGACCAUAUUCGAAAACGUGCCGGAUCAGAACUCAACGUGCUGUUCCUCGAAAGCCAAUGUCUCGACAAGGAGCUUCUAGAAUCGAAUAUGCGCCUCAAGCUUUCGGGCCCCGAUUACAAGGAUCAAGACCCCACCAUUGCCCUGGAGGACUUCAAGAAACGUGUUUCCUUGUAUGAGAAAUCAUAUAUAUCGCUUGGAGACUAUGAGGAGAAGCACAACAUGCCUUUUUUACAGAUGAUAGAUGUUAGCCGUAAACUUAUUGCCCACCAAGUUAACGGCUUCCUUUCAUCCCAAGUCAUGUAUUAUCUCGUCAACUUCAACCUCUCCCCGCGCCAAAUCUGGAUCUGCCGCCACGGUGAAAGUCUGGACAACGUCGCUGGCAGGAUAGGAGGAGACUCAUCCCUCAGUACAAACGGUAUUGCUUUCUCAAAGGCUCUGACAAGAUUUAUCGGCCACCAGCGCAAGGUCUGGGAAGAUUACCAGAAGACCAAAGCCCUAUCAACUCACUUCCCCCCGCGCCCUGGUGACAGUACUCCGCCUAAUCCGCAAUACGCAGGCCAGAACGCGGAGCGCCAGCGUAACUUCUGUGUCUGGUCAUCCAUGCUCAUCCGCUCGAUUCAGACGGUACAAUACUUCGAUGACGAGGAAUAUGAUGUGAAACAGAUGCGCAUGCUCGAUGAGCUGAACGCGGGAAAGAUGGAAGGGAUGACGUAUGAGGAAAUCCGCAAGCAGUAUCCGGAGGAAUAUGCCAAUCGCAAGCGGGAGAAGUUGCACUACCGUUACCCUGGACCCGGUGGAGAGGGGUAUCUGGAUGUCAUUAACCGAUUAAAGGCGGUGAUUGUGGAGGUUGAGCGGAUGACGGAUAGUGUGCUGCUAGUUGCGCAUCGGUCUGUGGCACGAGUGCUGCUGGCGUAUUUUCGUGGGUUGAAGAGGGAGCAACUUGCGGAUUUGGAUGUUCCGCUUGGUGUAUUGUAUAUGCUUGAGCCGAAACCCUACGGCGUGGAGUUCAAAGCAUAUAGAUAUAAUCCGGGCAAAGACUGGUUUGACUACGUUCCCGACUAUGAGCUGCGGCAGGUGACUUAUUUCUAA